UUCUCAGUCUCCAGAGUCCCACGGCCAAAGGCGCAGGUGCAGCCAGCCUCACUGGAGCCCACGUUUUGCUUGCAUAGAACUUGGUUAGACGGACGCCAGCAAGGCCGGCUCCCCUGGACAUCACGUGACGUGAGGAGGUGACCUGCAUUUGUUCUAAGGCUAGAGAUUAUGAGUUCAAAAACCUGGUCUUAUCUCAGUCCGACCAACGACCUGGCUUUAGGGUCCAGCUGUCUCCCCAAAUUCCUCCCUUAGACAGGGUUCCUCCACUCCACCUUCCAAGGGAGGAACAACCGGAAGGGGCGAGCCUUCCGCCCGGAAGCGGGGCGCCCGCCACUAUGGCUUCUCGUGGCGUGGUUGGCGUUUUCCUCCUUGCUGCUCUCCCGCUCUUGUGUUUGGAGCUCCGGCGUGGGAUCCCAGAUCUGGGAAUCAAAGAUCUAAUUUUGCUGUGUGGCCGGAUUUUCUUACUGCUUACUCUCCUUACAUUAAUUAUUUCUGUGACCACCUCAUGGGUUAACUCGUUUAAAUCUUCCCAAGUUUAUCUGAAAGUAGAAGAAGAAGAGAAGAAUGAGAAAAGGCAAAAACUUGUGAGGAAAAAACAGCAAGAGGCACAGGGUGAAAAGGCCAGCAGAUACAUAGAGAAUGUUCUAAAACCACACCAGGAAAUGAAAUUGAAAAAGCUGGAAGAACGCUUUUAUCGUAUGACGGGUGAAACCUGGAAGUUAAGCAAUGGUCAUAAACUUGGGGGUGAUGAAGAUUUGGUGCUUGAAAGUGAGAGUCAAACAUCUUCUGAAACAGCAAACAGAGAAGCAGCAAAGAGACGGAACUUGCCUAAGCCUGUAACCAAAUCACCACCCGCUGAACAGCCCACGCAGAAGGAGGUUCUUGAUUUACCUGAAGAACCUCCUGAAAUAGCUGAAGAAGUCGUGACCGUUGCUCUUCGAUGUCGAAGUGGGCGUGUCCUGAGGAGAAGGUUUUUUAAGUCUUGCAGUUCACAGGUCUUGUUUGACUGGAUGAUGAAAAUUGGGUACCACACAUCCCUAUACAGCCUUUCCACUUCCUUUCCCAGAAGGACUCUGGAAGUGGAGAGAGGCUGGUCACUGCAGGACGUAGGAAUAACUGUGGAUACUGUACUCAACGUGGAAGAGAAAGAACAGAGCAGCUAGUUGAGGAAUGCGAACUACCUGUUCUACAUUAAAUCAGUUAUGCCAUGACCUUACAGGACAAUAAAGGAUUCACAUUAAAAUCAUGCCAUACCUUGAUUGCACUCAAGGCAGUAAACACUUUAAUGUUGAUCUCCAUGGAAAUAUAUGGACAUAAAGGAUUAGAAAAGGAUUGCUCUCCGCAUAUAAUAGUUUUUGGAGUGUGCCAUCUUGCAGUGUACCAAAUGAGAACGAGAUAGAAAUUUAUACAGUAAGGUGCUCAAUAAUUUGUAUUUUUGCUAGCUGAUGCCAUUUAUCAGUUUCUGCCUCUUCAAUCUGUUUUGCCACAUUGAACAUUUCACAGUUCAGCCAAGCUCUUUAAAGUCUUAUCAGCAGGAAUGUUUUUUCUGCUGUAAUUCUAGAAAUUAAACUUCGAAGACGUGUCAAAGCUCUUUUAAGGCUUUAAAGUUCUUUUUUUUUUUUAAAUUUAUUUAUUUUUGGCUGCGUUGGGUCUUCGUU